UAUUUUAAAUUGUCAAAAGACUGAAUUUCAGAAAGUUUCGUUUUCUGGAAGAUGUGUGUUUAGACAUUGAGGAAGAAUUUUCAUUAUUUAUAGAUUAAACUCAGAAAGAUUUUAAAGAUGGCGUCCGGACCAUACAACUACUCUUAUAUAUUCAAAUAUAUAAUAAUUGGUGAUAUGGGUGUUGGGAAAUCAUGUCUCCUUCAUCAGUUUACAGAAAAGAAAUUUAUGGCCGACUGUCCGCAUACAAUUGGAGUUGAGUUUGGAACUAGAAUAAUUGAGGUUUCUGGACAAAAAAUAAAGUUACAAAUAUGGGAUACAGCAGGACAGGAGAGGUUUCGAGCGGUUACCAGAAGCUAUUAUAGAGGAGCUGCCGGGGCCUUGCUAGUUUACGACGUCACAAGGAGAUCGACCUACAACCAUCUAUCCUCCUGGUUAACUGAUGCCAGAAAUCUAACAAAUCCAAACACUGUGAUCUUCCUGAUAGGGAACAAGAGUGACCUAGAAUCCCAACGUGAUGUAACCUACGAGGAAGCUAAACAGUUUGCUGAAGAGAACGGACUCAUGUUUGUAGAAGCAAGUGCUAAAACUGGGGAUAAUGUCGAAGAUGCUUUUCUCGACACCGCUAAGAAAAUAUAUCAGAAUAUACAGGAUGGAAGCCUAGAUCUAAAUGCAGCUGAAAGUGGUGUACAGCAUAAACCGUCCCAAUCUGGGGCUAGAGGAGCCAGUAUUCAUCCCGGUCAAGGUGAAGGGACUGCAAAAGACUCGUGUUCCUGCUGAAUUAUAUUUACAAUGUACACCAAACAUGUUUAUGGAUUGUGUACUGGUCGAAUAUCUGCGUCUAUACUGUACAAUUUGUACAAGAUAAUGCAUGAAUCGGACUAAAUUCAAAUCAAACUUUAAAUUUAAUUCACAGGGAUUAUUGCAGCAAUUGUACAAUGCACAUUGUACACAUCAAUGUUUGUUUUCAUUUACUUGAAAUAUUAGCAGACCAGUCCAAAGUUUUUAGCUUAUUAUCAAUCUUUCAUUUGUUCUUUUGUUUUUAUUAAUCUAGUAAAUAGCUAAAAUAUAAAAACCUAGCCCUAACUCUUGAAGGGUAACAGUGAUUUUAUCUUGUGAAACCAAUUGUAUUUAAUAUAAAUGUGAUUUUAGUUUUUUAAUAAAAAAAAUAAAUAUU